AUGGCUCAGGAGGAGUACAAGCAACUCGGUGACAAAUUCUUUACUUACAGGAGAAUGGUCUUCCCUAUAGACGACGGAUAUGACAUGAGUACAGCGUAUUUCGAUAGUUUAGAGGAGUUUGAAAUAAGGGAUGAUGAUGUGUUUGUGGUUACAUUCCCUAAAUCUGGAACAGUAUGGACCCAACGGAUCAUGACCCUGCUGUACGAGCAGGAUUUCCCAGAGUUGAAGGAGACGGUGACAUAUGACCGGAUGCCAUGGCUGGAGUUCCGAGCAAAGGGGACGGACUAUAACAGCCGACCGUCUCCCAGACUCUUCUGUUCCCACCUGCACCAACAUCUAAUACCACGAGGCCUUCAGAGUAAAGGCAAGAUCAUCUACAUCACCAGGAAUCCCAAAGACAUCAUGGUGUCCUAUUUCCACUUCAGUCAGUUCAUGAAGAAGCUGGAGUGUGCUGAGACUUACAGUGACUUGCUGGACAAGUUCUUCACUGGAUGGAUGGUCGGUGGCUGCUGGUUUGACCAUAUCAGAGGAUGGUACACCAACAAGGACAAAUAUAACAUUCUGUUUCUCAGCUAUGAAGAAAUGAUCAAGGACCUGAGAGCUGCAGUUGUGCGUAUCUGCAACUUUGUGGGGAAGAAUCUCUCUGACGCUGCCAUUGACAGUGUGGUGGGAAAAGCCAGCUUCAACUACAUGAAGAAAGACCCCGUGGCCAACUAUGAGUUCCUGCCAGAGGACAUUAAAGCCCCUGGAAAGGGGAACUUCCUCCGCAAAGGUACAGUGGGAGACUGGAAGAACUAUCUGACAGUGGCUCAGAACGAACGCUUCACCCGGGUUUUCCAAGAGAAGAUGAAAGACCUGCCACUGGACUUUGUGUGGGACAUUACUGAGCUACAUGGCUGA